AUGAUUAUGGCAGACUACAAUGAUGAAGACGGUGGCGUCAUCCUAGAUGGCCCCUUUGACCCUGACGCGCAGGCCACAGUGACCGAUUACAUCGACUAUACCGAAUACCUUCCCGCAGACCUGAUCCGUUCCUUGACCCUCAUUCGCGGCUUGGAUGAGCGCUAUCUUGAAGCCACGCAGAACGUCCACGAACUCACAACGACAUGGGGCCAGCUCCCCGAGCGGCCCCCCAGCGAGCGCCCCGACGCACAGACCCUCCGCAAGAACAUCUCGGCGCAACUUGACCGUGCGAUCAACGCGCGGGAGUCUGCCUAUGCCGAAGCGUGUCGCCUCUACGAUGUCGUCGACCGGCACUUCAACCGGCUGGACUGCAUCAAGCAGAAGCUCCAGGCGCUCCCCAAGCCAGAAUCACGGGACCCUACGCCUCCGACCACACAAGCCGCGCCGAAUACUAAGCGAGGGAGGUUCACGAAGAAGGCGGAGCCUGCUGCUCCGACCACAACGCGCAUCAAAUUACGGCUUGACGGCCCUGCCCGUGCGGCGUCAAGACCGGCACAGAGGUCAAGGAGCCGGCGCGGCGUGCUCGCAGCAGAACACCUUGCUGGCUUGCACCCGGACAAUCCUAUCGCCAGCACUGAACACUCGGACGAGGAAAAUGAAGCCCAAGCGAGUCCGGAGCCAACGCCUGAAGAACCCGUGCCGGUCAAGGGUAAAAAGGAGAAACCGCCCCGGCGGUCGCGCACCUCCGGUCCAAGCACAAACGGCCCUGCUCAAGGACCCACCAUGUCGACCAGCAAUGCUCUAGCGAUGCUAAGGCCUCCUCCCGAAGACGCGAAACCAGGUAGCGAGGAUCUGCCAUGGUUGCGUCUGACCGACUGGGAGAUGACCAAACUACGCAAAAAGAUGAAGAAGAACGCGGUCUGGCAGCCUAGUGAGGUGAUGAUACACCGGGAACUUGCCCUCCGUGGCCGUGGCUGGGACGCUUACCGGACGGCGAAGGCGGAGGCCGAGGCCAACGGCACGGAUUUCCUCGACUGCGACGAUAUAAUGAACAACUUCGUUCCCGGUAUGCUGACGCGGCUUAGCGAUGCGAAUGGCCUCGAGGGCGUCAUGGAGACCAAGUUGAGUAACCGCGGGAUGAAACUCAACGAGGCCAAAAAGCUCAAACGCGAAAACAUGGCGAGGGAACAAGCGGCGGCGGCGGCAGCGGCAGCCCAGGCCGAAGCCAAACGGCGAGCCGAGGCUGGAAUCACUGACGCGGCCGCGUCUCCUGACCGAUCCCAAGGCGCUGUGACAACAGGGAAGUCCAGCCGGAUACUGAAGAAGAGGAGGGCGGACGAAAGCGCAGCGGUGGAAGCGGCAUCGGCGCCUCCAGCGGAAUCCGAAACCCGUGGAUCCCUGCGGAGCUCGAAGCGCCGCAGAACGAACAGGGAAAUGCCGGGGGAAAGUCCUGUCGAAGACAGUGGGGGUGCGUCCAGCGAGCCAGCUGACACAGCAACUGCAACGACAGCCAACGCUGAAACCAUCGAGAUUAGGAAGCCUUCUCCCGUACCGUCCACCGCCAGCACGGCGGCAGCUCAGCUCAAAGAAGGAAAGACCUCCACGCCACCCGCCAGUCGACCGCCGUCUCGACAUCUUGCUCCUGCUGCGGCCACGGACGUAGCCGGGAAGGACCUUCGCCGCAAGAGUGCCACGCCUGCACGGCGGACUCCCGUGCCAGACGGCUCCCGCGCGCCCAGCGUCAGCGCCCCCAUUCGGCGCAGGAAGCGACCCGCCCCGGGGCCUGUCUCGUCGGGCCGCGACGGUGGGGCGGCGGUCAGCUAUGGUCGACGCAAGGCGAAACCCGCCAAGAAACGCAUCGGCCCCCGCGAGCAGGGACAGAAAGACGGUACAAGGGAGGAUAUCCGCAUCGACGAAGACGGCGUGCUGGAGGAGAUCGAUCCCAAUGAGCCGCGGUACUGUCUAUGCGGAGACGUGAGCUUUGGAACGAUGAUCUGCUGUGAGAACCCAGACUGCGACAGAGAAUGGUUCCAUCUCGACUGCGUCGGUCUCUCCGAAGUGCCUAGCCGGACCGCCAAAUGGUACUGCCCAGACUGCCGGGUGAAAUUCAACAAAGGCACCGACGGGAUCGUCAAGCAGAGCUCUCGUCGCUGA